AUGCUUAUUCUCAUUUACGGGCUGAUUUCUGCUUGUUCUACGGGCUUCUAUCCACUAUUUGACGCCAUGGGACAAUGGCCAUCGUUAUUUUCUCGCUUCUUCGCAGGCUUUGCUCAGGCCGGCCAUCUUUACUUCGCUAACGAAAUAGUUCUAGUUUGGGCACAAGAAAGCGAGAGUUCAUUGUUUUUCUCUUUGCUGCUGACGUCAUCGCAGCUUGGUCCGCUGUUCACAAAAAUUCUUGGAGGAGAAAUGUGUUCAUCAUCUCUUGGAUGGGAGGUCAGUCAUUAG